CGUGUAAGCACCUCCAAAGCCAGAAUGCCAGAACCGACUCCAAAACGUUCUUUUCGGACGUCUGCACUCUCCCGGACGGACGCGAUCGGGCAGUGUUAUUGUCUCUCCUUGCUUGGUGGUGGCGUUUUUUUUGGAAGAAAUUCAGUACACAAUGGCUCUACGUUACGAUGAGCAUAAGGUGCCGUUUGUUGACUUUGGAAAUGGUGUAAAGUUGCAGUUUGAUUAUGAGGAGUUUACGGACGAACCAUCGAAGGAGAAGGCAAUGAACGAGCUGCGCGAAACGCCGGACGUGAUGGAAGCGUCCAUUCGGAAGCUGCGCGAACUAAUUCAGCAGGAAAAGCAGCUCGAACUACCAGUGGACGAUGAGUCGUUUAUGAAGCGAUUUUUGCGACCGAAGAAAUACUACCCCGAAAGUACACUCGAGAUGUUGAAAGCAUUCUAUCACAUGAAGGCAAAGCAUAACUUCAUCUCCGACCGGCUGACAACGAAAUCGAUCCAGAACGCGCUGGACGACCGGGCGGUACAGAUUCUCCCGAAGCGCGACCAGCACGGCCGUCGCAUCCUGUACAUGGAAAUGGGAGCUAAGUGGAACUGCACGAAGGUACCGUCGAUGGAGGUGAUCCGCUGCACCAACCUGCUGAUGGAGAUGGUCGGGCGCGAACCGGCCACCCAGCUGCACGGCAUCGUGUUCGUGAUCAACUUCGAUCGGCUGUCCCUAUCGCACAUUAGCCAGUUUCCACCGAAGUUCGUCAAGACGGUCGUGGACCAUGGGCAGAAGCACUCGCCCUACCGCAUCAAGGGCAUACACAUUGUGAACAAUGCGCGCAUGUUUAACAUCUUCUUCAAGAUAUUCAAACCAUUCCUCGGGAAAAAGUGGAGCCAGCGGAUAUUCCUACACGGUGUCGACUUUGCAUCACUGCACGAUCACAUCGCGCCGGACUGUUUGCCCUCGACUCUCGGUGGAACGUACGAGCUGCCGGCGUACGAGGGGGCCGUCAUCGGACAGCUGUUGGACUGCUACAAGGAGAAGUUCGAGGAGGAGGAAAAAUAUGGUUACGUUUCGGAGGUGAAAGAGUCGUAAAUAAAACAAGUCGCUAAUGCAACAAUCGUAAGUGAAACAUCAUGACAUAUUUUAAACCAGUUUUAUCAAAUGUAAUGCCAUGA